ACAAGUUCUGGAACAAGCAAGGCAGUGGCAUUAGUCAGACAUUUUACAUAUCACCAAUAUCCGCAACUCUUACCAGCGGCGUUCAGCGGCGCAGUUGGUGAAUCAGCGGUCACCGCCCCCGGUCCUCCAAGUUGAAUUUGUUUGUAGAAAAAAAGGAUAGCUGAUACUACGGCCCUUGUGUCCGAUGUCUAGUGCUGAAGUGGUGGACAGUUCCGUUGAUCCCCCAGCCAAGAAGCGGAAAGUUGCUUCAGCAGACUCCACUGCAACGAAGUCCGUUUCUCUGUCUCAUUCAGACAUGGCGAAGAAUGGAUCAUCGGGCUCCGCUCAGGAAAUCGACGAGGGUCUGUACUCCCGGCAGCUGUAUGUGUUGGGCCACGAUGCUAUGCGGCGGAUGGCGGACUCUGAUGUCCUCGUCUCGGGCCUUGGUGGCCUAGGUGUGGAGGUAGCCAAGAAUGUUAUUCUCGGUGGAGUCAAGUCGGUUACCCUGCAUGAUGAGAAAGCCUGCUCCAUUGUGGAUCUAACGUCUCAGUUCUACCUCACGGAGGCAGAUAUUGGCAAGAACCGCGCUGAAGCAUGCUGUCAACAGUUGUCGGAACUCAACACGUAUGUUCCUACUACUCCAUAUACUGGAGCCCUUACUGAAGAUUUCCUGAAGAAGUUCAGGGUGGUAGUUUUGACGCAGAGCUCACGCAGUGAACAGUUGCGCAUUGCUGAGUUUACUCACGCCAACAACAUUGCCCUCAUCAUUGCUGACACUCGUGGAGUGUUUGCGCAAAUCUUUUGUGAUUUUGGACCCAACUUUACUGUUGUCGACACUACAGGUGAGAAUCCAGUUUCAGCGAUGAUUGCCAGUGUUUCGCGGGAUGUUGAGGGUGUUGUAACAUGUCUGGAUGACACGCGGCAUGGUCUGGAGGAUGGUGACUAUGUUACAUUCUCUGAGGUUCAAGGAAUGACAGAAUUGAAUGGCUGUGAGCCUAUCAAGAUCAAAGUCCUUGGACCAUACACUUUCAGUAUUGGAGAUACUAAGAAUUUCACUGAGUAUAUUCGGGGUGGUAUCGUGACGCAAGUCAAAAUGCCUAAGGUUGUCAGUUUCAAGCCUCUCAAAACUGCCCUUGAAGAACCAGAAUUUGUCAUGACUGAUUUUGGCAAAUUUGAUUAUCCUCCUCAGCUGCAUGUCGCCUACACCACUCUUCAUAAAUUUGAAGCCGAACAUGGAAGACUACCCAAUUCGUGGAACACUGCUGAUGCUGAAGAGUUUGUGAAGCUUGCAAAGCAAGAGGGUGGCAACAGUGUUGAAGUUAACUCUGAACUUCUAAGCAAGUUUGCAAAGGUGUGCAAGGGUAGCUUGAGUCCAAUGAAUGCUACUAUUGGUGGUAUUGUUGCCCAAGAAGUAAUGAAGGCCUGCAGUGGGAAGUUCAGUCCUAUCUAUCAGUGGUUGUACUUCGAUGCUAUUGAGUGUAUUCCUCCAUCAGGUGUGACAGAGGAGGAUGCCAAGUCUUUGGGCAAUCGUUACGAUGGUCAGACUGCAGUGUUUGGCCAGCAGUUCCAGAAGAAACUUGGCGCUCUCAAGUAUUUCAUCGUUGGAGCUGGUGCUAUUGGUUGUGAACUUCUGAAAAACUUUGCUAUGGUUGGAGUUGGAGCUGAUGGUGGCCAAGUUACUGUCACUGACAUGGAUUUGAUUGAGAAGUCAAAUCUAAACCGACAAUUCUUAUUCCGACCAUAUGAUGUUCAGAGGCCCAAGUCUGCUACUGCUGCACGAGUCAUCAGGCGAAUGAAUCCCUCUAUGAAUGUUGUGGCACAUGAGAACAGGGUUGGCCCUGAAUCUGAGAAGACUUACGAUGAUACUUUCUUUGAAAACCUUGAUGGUGUUGCAAAUGCUCUUGACAACGUAGAUGCUCGCAUUUACAUGGACAGAAGGUGUGUGUACUAUCGCAAGCCUCUUCUUGAGUCUGGUACGUUAGGUACCAAAGGAAACACACAAGUCGUUGUGCCAUUCCUUACAGAGUCGUACAGCUCCUCUCAAGAUCCGCCAGAGAAGAGUAUUCCUAUUUGCACCUUGAAGAACUUCCCCAAUGCAAUUGAACACACUCUUCAGUGGGCUCGUGACAAUUUUGAGGGAUUGUUCCGUCAAGCUGCUGAAAAUGCUGCUCAAUACUUGCAAGAUCCAAACUUCAUUGAGCGCACUCUGAGACUGCCUGGUGUGCAGCCUGUUGAAGUUUUGGAAAGUGUAAAGACUGCUCUGAUUGCUGACCGACCAAACUCAUUUGAAGAUUGUGUUGCAUGGGCUCGCAACCAUUGGCAAGACCAAUAUUCUAACCAAAUCCGCCAGCUUCUCUUCAAUUUCCCACCCGAACAGAUAACCUCCAGUGGACAGCCAUUCUGGUCAGGACCCAAGCGCUGCCCUGUUCCCUUGACUUUUGAUGUGAAUGAUCCUCUCCAUCUUGACUAUGUCUGGGCUGGAGCUAACCUGAAGGCAGAGGUCUAUGGCAUUCCUCAGAACCGUGACAGGAAUGCUAUUGCACAGAUGUUACAAAAUGUUGUAGUGCCUGAAUUCACUCCAAAAUCUGGAGUCACCAUAGCAGUUACAGACUCCCAGAUGCAGGUGUCGAAUGGAAGUGUGGACCAUGACAUUAAUGCCCUUCAAAAAGAAUUGCCCUCAUCAGAAAUUUUGAAGAAUAUGCGUAUCACUCCCCUUGAUUUUGAGAAGGAUGAUGAUUCUAAUCUUCAUAUGGACUUCAUUGUUGCUGCAUCAAAUUUACGAGCUGCCAACUACAAGAUUCCUCCCGCUGACAGGCACAAGAGUAAACUGAUAGCUGGCAAGAUCAUCCCUGCCAUUGCUACCACCACUUCAGUUGUUGCUGGCCUGGUAUGUUUAGAGCUAUACAAGUUAGCCCAAGGUUACAAAGAAUUGGAACCAUUCAAGAAUGGAUUUGUUAAUUUGGCUCUUCCAUUCUUUGGCUUCUCUGAACCAAUCGCUGCACCUAAGAACAAGUACUAUGAGAAAGAGUGGACCUUGUGGGAUCGCUUUGAAGUUACUGGUGAAUUGACUCUGAAAGAGUUCAUUGACUACUUCAAAGAAAAACAUCAGCUUGAGAUAACGAUGCUCUCUCAAGGAGUCUGUAUGCUGUACUCUUUCUUCAUGCAGAAAGCAAAGUGCCAAGAACGAAUGGGCCUGCCCAUGUCUGAAGUUGUCAAGAAAGUUUCAAAGAAGAAAUUGGAGCCACAUGUGAGAGCCCUAGUAUUUGAACUGUGCUGCAAUGAUGAUGAUGGUAACGAUGUGGAAGUGCCUUAUGUUCGCUACACAUUGCCACGCUAAUGUGUCAACUAUCUACCAUGAUGCUCUUGCUUUCUACUAGGGUACCCAAAAUUUAUGAUGUCUAGACUCCAGUCCAGAAAAAUUUCAUGUUGCUGUCUCAUUUACUGUUUCCUUCUUUAUGUAUUGAAAUGUCUUUCAUAUUUGAUUCAAACCAGUUAAAUUACAUGUUUAGACCUUAUUCAGUUAGUACAUGCUGUAUUAUUUGUGUUGCUUACUGGAAUGUAUACCACAUUAAUAAUCUUGUAGAUUCUUUUUCAUUUGGUCGGUAGCUUUCCAUAGAAAAAUACUGUUGGCUGAUUUUACUUUAUUGUUUCUGCACUUUUAAUUGUGGGUUAAUAUUUAUGUGGUCACAGCUUUGGCACUGUAUUAUUGGCUUUUGUCUUUGGUUGUGUAUAUAUGUCUCUUCCUGGUGAGGUAAUAACUCAAAUGUUCAGUUUUCUUGCUGCAAUGUGUUUCUGCAAGCUAAUUAGUCAUUUGGUAUUGUGAUGUUGGAGUUGCAUCAGUAUGUCAGAUCUAUCAGUUUUGAGAAGCGGGAGAAAGUGUUCUUUAAA